CAAGUACAAUCUUACUAUCCCAUUUCUUCGAGGCCCCACCACACACCAACAUGUCCAACAUCAAAGUCGUCAAGCCGGAUCCCGCGUAUACGGUGCCGCUGCUCAUCAACGGCAAGGAGGUCACUACGCAGACGACAUUCGCCGUCACGUCACCCGCAUCCCACCAGCAAAUAUGGAACUCGUCGUCGGCGUCGCUGGACGACGUCAAGAGCGCCGUGUCGGCAGCAAAAGCUGCUUUCCCGGCCUGGUCGAAAAUGAAGCACUCGGCCAAGCGCGACAUCUUCCUGCGGGCAGCCAAUGUAGUCGAGGCGCGCACCGACGAGCUGGCCGACUACAUGAAGAUGGAGACGGGCGCUGCAGACAUGUUUAGCAAUGGGUUCAACGUGCCCAAGAUGGCCGACAUGCUGCGCGACGUUGCGGGCCGAAUCAGCGCAGUCAUGGGCCACAUUCCGAGCUGCGAAGAGGAGGGCACGAGUGCGCUGGUUGUCAAGGAGCCCUACGGUGUUGUGCUGGGAAUUGCGCCAUGGAAUGCGCCAUACAUUCUCGGCAUGCGCGCCAUCCUCUACCCGCUUGCGGCUGGCAACACGUGCAUUCUCAAGGGCAGCGAGUUUUGCCCACGUACAUGGUGGGCUCUGGGCAGUGUCUUGAGCGAGGCAGGUCUUCCUGCCGGCGCGCUGAAUGUGCUGGUCCAUCGCCCGGAGGACGCGGCACAAAUCACAAAGGCGCUGAUCGAAGAGCCUGCGAUCAAGAAGCUGAAUUUUACAGGCUCCACAGCCGUCGGGCGCAUCAUCGCGUCGACGGCUGGCCAGAACCUCAAGCCGGUGCUGCUGGAGCUGGGCGGCAAAGCUAGCGCCAUUGUGCUGGACGACGCGAAUCUGCAAACGGCAGCGGUGCAGUGUGCGCUGGGCGCUUUUUUCCACGCGGGCCAGAUCUGCAUGAGCUCGGAGCGGAUCCUGGUGCACAAGGCCAUCAAGCCGCAGUUCCUCGAGGCCUUCAAGGGCGCCGUCGAAGGCAUCUUUGGCGGCGACAAGCCCGCGCCCAUUCUCGUUGCCGCACCCGGCGUGCAAAAGAACAAGCGCCUCAUUGCCGAUGCCGUGAAAAACGGCGCAACCGUCGUGCAAGGCGACCACGAAAAAGACGAAAAGCACCCAGACACUAACGAGCCGUCGGCCACACGCAUGCGACCCGUCAUCGUCGACGGCGUCACAAAGUCCAUGGACUUGUUCCACACCGAGUCUUUUGGGCCCUCAGUCUCCGUCAUCGAGAUCUCCAGCGACGAGGAGGCAGUCGAGAUUGCAAACGACACCGAAUACGGGCUGUCCGGCGCCGUCUUCACCGAGAAUCUGGGCCGUGGCCUGCGCAUCGCAAAGCAGAUUGAGAGCGGCGCCAUCCAUAUCAACUCGAUGACUGUGCACGACGAAUGGACACUGCCUCACGGUGGAGCCAAGUCGAGUGGCUUUGGCCGCUUCAACGGACAAUGGGGCAUUGAAGAGUUUGUGCGCAUGAAGACCAUCACGUACAAGGAGUAAAUCAUCGAAUCAUAUUUGCGCUGUGAUUGGAAUCUUCGGGUUCUGGAUUCGUCAUGUAUUGAGACGACGCUGGGAAAAAACCCCACUCCUCAUGCUGAGGAGAAAAUGCAAGUCUUAGGUUCUUACGAUUUGAACAAAAAGAAUAUAAG